AUGAAAAGAAUACAGCAAAGUUACCGUAUACCAGUUAUCAUAAAGGCUAUACCAAGACGACCAGAUAGGCCUGGCAAAGGAUCUUAUUGGGCAGUUCAUCCACACGCUCUAAGAAUGUUUGAAAAUGGUAGCUGCUUGAGACGAAGGAAAAGAUUUAAGGUGCAAACAUAUGGUGUUAGCGAAAAUUUGCAACAUCCAUUACCGAAACUAGCCUAUCACCAACCACCUUGCUCAUCACUCCAAUGGCUAUUGCCUACUCAUUUACCGUCAUCAGUAACAGCCGGUACUUUCAUGGAUCCACAACAGCUCUUCCUUACAACUCAUAGUCUCCUUUUAUUUCCCUCUUUAACCCAGCAACCAGCUGAUUUACCUACUAUUAUCACACCAAAAUCAAUAUGUAACUCUUCGUUUACCAUUGAUUCAAUCUUAUCAUCAGCAACUUAA